CAAAUAAGGCAUAGAGCCGCAAAAAAAUUAUUUAGAAAAAAAUAGAAUAACAAAACUACGGACGGUAUACUUUUGGUUCUUUUUAUGUAAAUUUGGUUUAAAAAUUAUUUGAAUAUUUAAAAUUACUUGUGGUAGAAGUGAACAACUUAAAGAAGAGAAAACUUGUAAAACUUUUAACGUAUUUCACAUUUAUUUUUUACGUUUCUUGUUUAUCUGCUUAAUAAUUUUGAAAUAUGACCAACUUGGAAAAGCAAAAUGAAUUGGUUAAACAUAGUCUUGUGGAAUUUGUCAGUGCCCAUAUUCCGGGUGCUGAUUUUAGUGUCGUUGAUGAAAUUGUGUUAUCCUAUGUUAUAGCUAUAUUAGAAGAUGCUUCGCAGGAUCCAUGUUUUGAUGUUGAAGGAUUCGUUGAAAUGAUGAGUGCAUACUUUGAUGAAUUUUCUUCUAUUGAAACGGGUGUAAUUUGUGAAUGGAUUUAUCAGUUGGCAAAUGAAUUAGCUGAACUUGGAAAAAAUCAAGAAAAUCAUAAUGCUGGAACGUUAUCUUUAAAUGCACUCAGCCUAUCUGAUAUAAUACCGGAAUCUAAACUACGUGCACGUAAAACAUCAAGUUCUGAAAAGGAUGACUUUUCUUUAAAUGGUUCUUGCGUUGGUGGACACAAAAGGUCACAACAUCUGUCUGAAACAAGUGAUGGUGGUUCUACUGACAGUUCUUCUACAUGCGAAUAUUUUUUGGAUGAAGCUGAAGCAUUACAAGAAAUGUUUCCAGAUACUGCUUAUGUUGAGGUAAAGCAUUGCAUUGCAAUUGCUAAGGGUGAUUUAGACAGUGCAACUCAAAUAUUGUUGCACCGUCAGGAAACUGGUCAAAGUCUCACCGAUAAAACUAACAACAUAAACACUCGUAAAAAUGUUGUAGUUGAUGAUACUGAACUUAAGAAUCGCAUAAUCGCCAGAUACUCUUACGUAGACAAAAAUGCCACUAAUCGUGAAUACAAACCAAUGGUACCAAAAGUUGAACCAAAAAAACUUGUACGUUAUCGAGACAAUAAGAUCGUUUCAUUGAAAGGUGAACGCUACACUGAGGUAAAGCGCGACGAAGAAGCUGAGCUAAAAAAACCCAAAAAAGCUAUUCAGCCGUAACUAAAGAUGAUGAAAAUGCAUUACAAGUAUUUCAUUAAAAAGCAGAAGAAUCAGAUUCAGAUACAUAAAGAUGAAACAGAACAAAUUUAUCAACCAUAUAUAUUACUAUUAAAUAAUCACAUAAAUUUCUGUCACUUUAUCAAUAUAACCAUAUAUCCUAUUAAUCCAAUUGAACAUUACUAUAAAUGUUCAUAUAAUCUUAAGCACAUUAGCAGCUGCUAUUAUCUAAACACAAAUAAUAUUGAUAAUCUCAACAUGCGAUAUGCGCAAAAAUGCAAAAGUAUCUUGUACAUUAAAACAGAAUGUAUACAGAGAUCUAAUACACCUCACAGAACACAAAUUGUUCCACCUAACUAUACUACACCAAAAAUGUCGCCAUCAUGCAUUGACUAUAAUAUGUACAAUGCGAGUCAUAAUAUAUUAGUGAUUUUUCAAUUUGCUAGGAUAAUUGAAUAUUUUUUGUUAAAUU